AUGGAAGCCGAAGAUGGUACCGUGCCUCUGGACGAAACCUUUACUGAGAUAGUUGAGCAUUGUGGACGUACUUACCAGCAUUACUCCUUGAAGAACGAUACUUAUUUCGCACCUAUCGAUGAGGUAGGACUGAAGAAGCUUCCAAUGUCGCAGUCUUCAGCAGAAAAUAACAUAUCUCUCCAGGACGAAAUUUCGCGUCUUGAGAUGAUGCAUGGAGUCCUCAGCAGUCUCUUCGACAGGCGUCUUAUAUUCCCUCCCAUCAGGUCCCCACGAAGAAUCCUUGAUUGUGGCUGUGGUACUGGAGACUGGGCGAUGGAAGUCGCUACACAAUACCCUGAUUCGGAGGUUCUUGGCAUCGAUGUAAGCCCGCACAUGAUACCAGAAAACCCUCCCGACAAUAUGGAGCUUCAGGUUGAUGAUUUGAACGCGAGGUUCACAUUUGAGCCCAACCACUUUGAUCUGGUCCAUAGUCAGAUGGUAGCAGGAGGAAUUCAUGCAAAUCGAUGGAGAGGCUAUAUCCGAGACAUCUUCCGCGUCUUGAAGCCUGGUGGCUGGUGUCAAAUUGUUGAGAUAUACUUCAAUGCCCAGUCUGAUAAUGGUACAUUGACCCCCGAUCAUGCUUUGUCACAGUGGUCAAGACAAUACUUGGAAAGUCAGGAGCCACACCACGACCCGCGAGCACCAUUGCAAAUGGCGAGCUGGAUGAGAAGUGCUGGCUUUACCGAAGUCGAAUCGAGACUCAUGACAUUACCAAUGUGCGGUUGGUCGAGCAUUCCUCGAGAUUAUGAGAUCGGUGUGUCGAAUAAGGACAACGUGAGCCAGCUGUUGUCUUCGUUGGCUCUGUACCCCUUCACGCAAUUUCUUGGGAUGUCUUUUAACGAUUUCCAACUUUUGGUAGCCCAAGCGAGAAGCGAAGCAAGCAACCCGGCUUUCAAGGCAUACUUUCCCCUUUAUGUUUGUAUUGGCAAAAAGCCGCGCCGAUAG